GAUAAAUAUAAUUCACAUCACAUAAUUCAAAUAUCCACAUAAAAACUCAGAAAAUGACUUGUCUUAUGAUACAAAGAUGAAAGACUUCAGUCUUGGCUACUUGAAUGAUCCUACUAAGUAUGACUGCUGCUAGGUCAAAUGGCAUAAAGUAUGUAUCAAUUAUCCCUAAGAUGCUCUAUAGGAUUAGAUAACACGCUUCAUUUAUUGUUGUUGAUCAAUCCACACAUGACCGUGUUGCAUGUUUGUAAGCAUGUACUGUAGGUCAUGUAAAUAUAGAUCUGUGGUAUUAAGUGUACAGGAACAGCACAUGUUCAUGCUAUCAGGUAACUGACUUUGUACUUGGGGGGAAACUGAAGUUAAAUAUAGACCCAGUUCCUCAGCUUUGCUUGUACACAUGCUUAUCUCCUACAUCAUCAGUUAUCAUUAUCAGCUCUUUGGAUCGAAAAAAGGUGAACCAUAAAAGAUGCUGGAGUACACAAGAGAUCAGUCAUCCAGAAGCAAUUAGGGCAUGCCCUGCUUUUGAGUCUCCUGGGUACUCAUCACCACUCACAACCUGAUCAACUGCAUACCGAGACAAGUGCAAGAGGGGAAAUGACAGCGAAUCAGGAGGACCCCAAUGUCCCAAAUAACCUGCUGAUGGCAGAUGCAACAGCUGAUCUACCUUGGCAUGAACCACCAAGCAAGGAGCAGAGCGAGGAUGACUGCAACCUGCGUGAUGACAGCAGAGCAUAUAGCUCUUGCAGUUCAGCCGAAAGCCUUUUGCCCUUUACAAACUGUCUGACAGAGAAGAGCGUAAAUGAGAGUGACUCAGAAGCACACAAGAUUAACAGUAAAGGUGACGUGGCACAGUCGCUGCCAGGGCUUAGUGCACCUGUUGUUCCGACAGAUUUAAACAGUAGCUGCACUGGGACCCAAGACAUUUGUUUAACACAGCCAAAAACAGAAACUGGUUGUUAUGCAUCUGAUGAGUUGUGGCUACAUGAAGACCAGGUGCCCACAGGUGAGGAAGAACAUGCUAUUUUAGGCAAGCAGAGCAGGUACUCUGACGUCACAGUCUUUGGCAGUGGCCACAAAGAAGGCAGAGAGGUGUCCGGUUACCCAUUGGAGAUGGUGGCCGCCAUUGGCUCACCAGUUGAUGACUCAUGGUUCAGGAUGCCACCUGUUAAAACAUGGCCAUCCAUGGACAGCUGGUCAGGCACACGCUCCAACAUAGUUCACAUUGUCCUCUCCAGCCCGGAGGAGCCUCCAGCAAUAGUAAUACAGACACUGGAGGUCAUGGCUAUCAAAGACAAAGAAGUGAAGCCACACCAGGCUCAGGAGGACACAAAAACAGUAGAGCAGAUGUGCUUGAUCACAGCCAGCAAAGAGGACAGUGAGCUGACAGCAGAGAGGGGGGUGGAGAAAGUCCAGACCUUGCUCAAAAUCCAGGCUGGGGAUUCAGACGGGCAUUCGCCACACUGUGGAGAUAAGGGAGACAGAGAGACGCCACUCACUGAAGAGCACAGUUCUCAUGUGACCUCAGAAGAAGCGAGAUGCUCAAGCCUCCCCUGUAACAUAGCUUCUCAAAACCUCCGUGAGUCGGACAUAACUGACAUGUUGCCCUCCCCUGAAUGCAUUGCAACUGCAGCGCUCUGUGCUAGUGCUGAAGACAUUGCUCCUUUGUGGGAAAAAAUGCCCGUUGGUGAGGAAGACAUGGAAAUUUACUGUGAGAAAAGAACUUCUUCACAGGUUCCUGUGGAAGAGAAGGUCAGUAAAUCCAAAUGCCAAAAUUCUUCAGAGGAACUGCAGACACCUGAGCUGGAGACUGAUGCACUUUGGAAGGUGACAGAAGACCCUCUCUUUCCACUUUAUGCGGACGUUAAGGAAGGUGCGAUAAGAAGCAGAAGCAAUGAGUCCCAGAUAUUCUCGGGUUACUCCAGUGAACCAUGUGCUGUGAAGCCCAUGCGUGGAGAAGAGCAGGGUCACUCUACCGAAGGUCUGAGCCCUGACACAGUUCUUCAGGGAGCAGCUGAGAUCUUCCAGGGACUUGCAUGCGCCCCGGUUCAAAAAAGCCCUCAAACACAAGACUACACACUGGCUGGAGAGACAGGCUCAGCAGGGCGACACAAGGACAAGCCUCUCCAUGGCAAUCUCCAGGGGGACAGGAACGAGAGGCUCAAUUUUAUUAUGCCGCUAGCACCAAUUUGUCGAAGGAAUAUUCACCUUAAUACAGAUACGUAUGCCACUUUGAAAGGGGACCAGCAGCAAGCCAAGUUUUCAGAGACUGAUAGGAACUGGACUUUUGACACAUCAGGGGCAUUUUCUUCACGUAAUCAAACAGAACUGUUAGAUUCUGGCACAGGGAAGACAGCAUGCCCUGAUUUCCCAUCAGGCCAAGAUGACCACGAUGAAAAGUUAGCAUUUUGUUGUGCUCAAAGUCUUGACGAAGAUCUUCUCAAGCCUUCAUCUCCUGGAGACACACAGCAACAUUUGUCCGUGGACGAAAGGACCUAUAAAACCUCUGGCACAGUCGUCAGUAGUAACUUCAGCAAGGAAUUUUCAAAAUUGCUCAUGCUCACUGGUGAUGCAUUUCUUGUCUGCGAGGAAAACAAAACAGCAUACAUCACUCUAGACCUGAAUGAUCCUGUAUGCUAUGCAACAUGGCCUGGUUCGGAGAAUGGAAACAGGACUGAUUAUACAUCCGCUUUAGAAUACAUGAAAACAAACAAGACUCGGUGUGUUUGUGAAGGUGAAGAAAAGGGACCGAAAAUGCCCCACAAAACCUCAAGGACAUCUUCAGGGAGUAAAACAUCAACAGGCCACAAGAGCAAAGAGAAACCGGCCGGCCACCGGGAGAAAUCCAAACAGGCAACUGCUCAAGCAACAAAAAAACAAGAAACUCCAAUUCCUGAGUCACUUGUCACUAGUGAGUCACCGACAGCUAACUUGGGAUGUAAAGCUCUGUCUGUGACAGAUGUGGAGACAAAGGAGAUGAUAGAAAAGUGCCCCAAAUCCCGUGGUAAAAAGAAGAAAAAACAGUCCCAGCAUUCAUCUGGAAAAGCCGAGGCUGAGACUUCGAUAGAAGUUGAAAGCGGUGCCCGACCAAAAACUACCAAGGGCAAAACUGACACUUUUGAUGCAAGUCUAACAGGGCAGGCCGGGGGAAGUGAUAAACUGUCAGCUCUUACCUCCCAAACAAACUGUUUACUAAUACAGAAACAAUCAGAAGUAAAAAAUGUGACAGCUAAAGUCAAGGGAAAAGGGACCGUAUUUGACAGUCCAGUGACGGCCACAGACACAGUAGAAAGCCAGUCAGCCGGCCUUGCUAAGCAGCGAGGUCAACGUAUUUUGAAGUGUAGACAUUUAUUUGAGAACAAGGAUGGGAAGCGACCUGCCGAAUCAAAGCCUCAGAAAUCUUCUGUCCUCGUGAAGAAGGAGGAACAGGCUGUGGCUGCGGCAGCAGGACAAAGGAAAGCUUACAGUGAAGUGGUCAAGCAGAAGCCUCAAACACACGAAGGUAACAGGAUAUUGCUACAAAACAUUAGAGCAGAGAAGCUUUCUGACGACCCUGGGAGCAUCGGCCUUCGGUGCCAGUUCAGUGCUCUCUCAGUGGAGAGCUCUGUGGUGUGGACAAAAGAAGGAGUCAUUUUGGAACAAGUUAAGAGGAGUGCAUGUGAUGAAAGUCUACUUUCCUUCACAAUCUCCAUACCCUCAAGUAAAGACCUUGGACGUUACCAGUGCUGUCUAAGUUGCCCUCUCGGAACCCUGAGCUCUGAGUUUUACCUAACGUCUGAUGUACUGAGUGAACUCCUCCCAUCUCAAGACCACCAUGCAGCGGAGGUGGUUGAGGGGGUGGAAGAGGAUGUGAAGUGUACCCCGCUUCUGUUCAAAGAGGACUUCCUCAGUGAGCAGUACUUCGGGGAGAACCAGCCAGCCAGCAUUUUGACCGAGCAGGUCCACUUUGGCGAGGGCAUGCACCGCCGGGCCUUCCGGACCAAGCUUCUGGACAGCAUGCUGCCUGUUUUCAGUCCUGGGCUCUCCUGUGUGCUCAAAGUGCACAAUGUCAUCAGCCAAGGGACCAGAAACAAUGAAGAGCUCAUCCACAAGAACUACAGCCUGGCUGUGGAGGAGUGUUCCGUGCAGAACACGGCCAGAGAAUACAUUAAAGCCUAUACAACAGUGGCCAAGUCUGCAGAGGAGUUUGGAGAGGUUCCAGAAAUCAUCCCCAUUCUCCUGGUCCACCGGCCCUCCAGUGACAUCCCGUAUGCCACGCUAGAGGAGGAGCUGAUUGGCGAUUUUGUGAAGUACUCUGUGAAAGACGGGAAGGAGAUCAACCUGAAGAGGCGGGAUUCUGAGCCAGGCCAGAAGUGCUGUGCCUUCCAGCACUGGGUCUACAACAAGACUGAGGGCAACCUGCUGGUCACUGACAUGCAAGGAGUGGGGUUGAAGUUAACCGAUGUUGGUAUUGCAACCCAUAAAAAAGGAUACAAGGGGUUUAGGGGUAACUGCGCUACCUCUUUCAUCGACCAAUUCAAAGUCCUUCAUCAGUGCAACAAGUUCUGUGAGUUACUUGGUCUCAAGCCCCUCCAACCUAGCCAGUCAAAGCCCAAAAGGACACAGACUGCCCCAAAUCCAAAGCCACAGCCUCAGCAAAAGAAGAAGACAUUUGUCGUCCAUCUGAAGAGCAAAUCCUGAAACAGUGGUGGCCUCAAACAUUGGGGCAUUACCUGCCAUGAAUAUUCAGAAACUUCUUUUUUGGGGACAACAGAAGGAAGUGUUAUUGUACUGGACAUUAUAAUCAUUUACUCAUUUAGGGUACAGAAUGCUCUCCUGACUUUCAGUUAUUAAGGUCUGGUCAGAUUUGAUGAAUAAUGUUAUUACUUAGAUGACAUUGCUGUUUCUCUAAAAUUAAUUUUUCAAAUAGUGGCAAAUAUAUAUAGAAAAUAUAUAUUAUAUAAAGUAAAAAAUGUGUCAUAUUUAUAGUAUGUAAGGCAUAAUGUCACACUACAUUACACAAGCAGUAUCCAUAUACAUGAAGAUUAUAUAUUUGAAAUGAAUUUUUGAAAUUGUAUUUUUUUUCCAAAUUAAUUUGGAAAAUAAAUUUAAUUUAAUAGUCAUUUAGAUAUAUCACAUACAAAUUAUUACUUUUAACAAACAUAAGCUAUGAAAUAAAGAUAUUUCAUAAAAUAAGUAUGUAAGUAAGUGUCAUAAAUGUUUUCCUUUCUGUUUACUUUAAGGGCAGCUAGAUGUUAUUACUAUAGAUCAGUCUCAAAAUGAAAAUCUGGAUGUAUAUACUCUGUUAUUUUAACUCUGUUCAUGAUGAGAAAUGAAGCGCUAACCUUGGUACAGUAUGUAGACUGAAUCAGUGCUUGAGUUCACUUCCUUUUUUCAUGUUUCCUUUCAGCUCUGGGGUUCCUUUUCCAAAUGAUGUGGAAACUGAUUUUAUAAAUAAACCCAACCCCCACCCCCACCCCCCAUCUCCCCACUCCCCUACCUCAUAGUCAAGAGAUAGCUUCCAGUAGCCAGUGUUGAAAUGUGGUGACAGUGUCCACACGAAAACCAUCGUACAGUAUUUCUCAGAAGAGAGGUUUUGUUUUUGUAAGCACAGUCUCACUGACGGACAGGUCAACCCCUGGAACAUUUUGACCGGUUGACUAUCGAACCAGCUGUCUCUCAGCCACGCAAGUAAUUCCCAGCCUGCAGUCGUUGCAGUUUCCAGGGAACUUUUGACACAUUUGAAAUCUCGCCAAACUAUUUAUACCUUUUAACUCCCCAUAAAUUUAGCCUGGCCCUAAUGUUAUUCCAUCCCUGUGCAGGGGUAGAUAAUGUGUUUUUAUAUCCUUUUAUGUUCUGGCCAUUAUAUCCUUUAGGCAUUCUGGAGAAGGUUUUGAACUCAUGUGCUGCCUGUAAUGGAUAUGGUAACUGAUACGGCUGCCCAAUGCAUCAUAACCUCUCUUGGUGCUGGUUUACAUGUCUUGGCUGGAGUGGCCAAGGGUGAAGAGGAGUGUGGAUAUAACUUUAUAUGAGCUACACUUGUGUUACAUAGUAUGGACGUAUUCUACCAUAUAGUUUGAAUCUGUGAACCAUUCUUUUCUUUAAUUUUGUGAAUGUUGAAAAUUGUACUGAAAUCAAUAUGUCACUUCUUAGUGGAAUGAUACUGUGAGAAUAAAAAGAAUAUUUUUAUUGUU